AUGCGUGUGAUAGGCCCUAUCGUGCCCGCUCGUCCUCUGGUAGCCUUUCUCCCCAUCGAUAGCCACCAUGUACACCACCGCCCUUCAAACGAUGUCCUUGUCCUUCUCCACGGUCUUCACGAACUCGACCUCGUCUUCGAUCUUCUCGGACACGACUUCCGUCACUACGACUUCUCCGUCCACCACGACCUCUCCGUUCACUACGACCUCUCUCUCCACCAAGGCCUCUCCAUCAACCACGAACUAUCCCUGCACUGCGACCUAUCCCCCACCGCUCUCGCUACCCCCAUCGUCGUCGUGCAGCGACACGAUCUCGGCCACCACCCUCCUCUCCGUACCAUUAAUUCCGACAUCAUGGCCCUCCAUACCUCCAGGACUAAUUUCGCCUACGGCUGCUCCUCACAACAUCGGUGCACCGACGCCAUCAUCUCCCUCAUCUCCGUCACCUCCAGACACUACAGCUCCCGAUAUACACAAUCCCGACGAGCCAUCCUCGCACACACCAUAUUCGCCAACAACGUCCUCCAGCCCGACUCAACAGCCCGGUGA